UAAAUGCUAUGCUAGCCCCUUUCGUCGGUGACACGGACACGGUGACUGCGAGUGUGAAGUGAAGCAUUCUUAUUGAGUUCAUUUCAAUUAUGGCUAAUGAAUCUGAAAGUAAAAAGAUAAAUGAUUUGCGUGUUGUUGAUCUGCGAACAGAGCUGGAAAAAAGAGAUUUAGACAAAACUGGAGUAAAGGCUGUUCUGCUUGAGAGAUUACAGAAGGCUCUGAAAGAAGAAGGUCAUGAUCCUGAAACUUAUGUUUUUGAACUGAGUGAUGUGAAAAAAACACCUACACGUGGCAGAAAGAGCGAAGAAGAAACUAGCGAAGAUGACAAAGCGGAAGAAGAGGAAGUUACAGAAACAAAUAAAAUAGAAAACAACGAAGAAGAAGAAAAAUCAUCUGAUUUACCGGUUUCAGAAGUUGAAAAGGAAAAUGUAAACUUGGAAGAAGGAACUCAUCAGAUUUCAAAAGAAUCGAUUAGUAAAACUGAGAUCCUAGAAACAAAUAAUGAACCGGAUAUUAAAAUUAAAGAAGUAAAAUUGGCGAAUGAAAGCAAUUUAGAUGAAUCAGUUUCAUCUGGUGUUGAACCCCUGCCGGAUGUGAAAGAGGAUCAGAAAGAAACCUCUGUAGAAAAUACAAUUUCUGUUACUUCCUGUAAAACAGAAGAUGUAGAGACCGCUGCCACAUUAACUGAAGACAAUCAAACCAAGGAAAUAGAAUUAACUUCCCAAACCAAGGAAUCAAGCACAACUCCUUCCAAAGAGGAAAAAUCUACAACUGAAGCUAAUGGCAUCAACGACAAUGAAGACUCGAUCAACUUGACCAUUGGAGAAGAUGAAGAAAAACUGUUAGCUGAUGAGGAAGAGAGCAGUCAAGAAAAAGACCACAAAGAUGAAAGCCAUGCGAGUUCCGGCCACAAGAAGAUUUCUACCAGGGAGAAGGCUCAAGAUAAAACAAAUCAAGAGAAGAUGGAUGGGAAGAGCUCUUCUGCUGGUGAUAAAGCUUCCAAAGAUGACAAAAACAAGAAAAUAGCUCAAGGAAGCAGCAGCAGCAGAAACCUUUGGGUUAGUGGAUUAGCCACCACUACACGAGCAACAGAUCUCAAGCAAGUUUUCUCUAAAUAUGGCAAAGUCAUUGGAGCUAAGGUGGUAACCAAUGCACGCACUCCUGGAGCUCGGUGUUACGGAUAUGUCACAAUGUCAAAUCCUGAGGAUGCCACCAAGGCUGUCCAGAGUCUGCAUCAUACUGAGCUGCAUGGGAGACUCAUAUCUGUGGAGAAGGCUAAAGGAGAUUCGACUGGACCUCCAAAGAGAUCUGAACCAAUCAAAGUUGAAUCGCCUUCAGUCAAAGUAGAGGACAAAAAGAAGGAUCAAGUUGCAAGAAAGUUAGAUCUAAAGAAAGAAGAACACUUGGUUCCUCCUGGAACAGAAGGAGAGGAGAAGCAGCCAGAAGCACCUGGGACUGAAGGAGCAGAAGUAAAAAAUGAAAAGGAGUCUGGAAGUGGACAUCGUAGUAGAGAGACAACUCGCAAGACCAGUCCCAGGGCUGGGGAGAAGCGUCCUCGAAGUACGACGAGCAGCCACCGAUCAGGCCGCGGCUCUCCUGUGCUGUCCUUUGACAAAAUCAAGGAGGAAAGAGAAAGACUGCGCCUUAAAGAGAAGGAAAGAAUGCUUCGUGAGGAAGAAAGAAGAAGGGAAACUGAGAGACAGAGACAACGAGAAAUAGAUAGAGCUCAGAGAGAGGAGUUUGAAAGAUUGGACAGGGAAAGAAAGAAGUUGAAAAUGGAAAAGGAGAGGCUCCUGCGAGAGAAAGAUGAACUAAUGAAACUGAAAAUUGAGCGACAGCGGUUGCAAACAGAAAGGCAGAAGCUGGAGAGAGAAAGGCUUGAAAAAGAAAAGGAAGAGUUGGAGAGACUUAAACGGCAAAAUCUAAGGCUAGAGGAGGAAGUGAGACGCAAGCGGUCUUUGAGCAGCUCCAGAGAUCGUGAAUAUGAGAGCAAGAGACAUCGAGCCACUGACACUCGUUACGUCACCUCGUCCUCUCGCUACCCUGACUCUCCGAGAACUAACGAUUACAAGAAAGAGGUGACAGUGCACAAGAGCUCCAGAGAAGUAGCUGCGCCCCCUCGCAGACCCGGGUUUGAGCCAGACUCUACCAGACGGCUUGUCACAUCAUCUAGGGAUGGUCGUUAUGAGCGAACAUCUGUCAAUAGCAGCAGCUUCAGAGAUGAUUCAAUCUCAUCUCGCACCAAGCCCUCUGAAAGCAGACUUGUACGAGAACGAUAUGCGGAGAAUUCCAAAAGUGAGAGGUUUGUGGAGCGAGGGGGUGAUUCUUGGCAUGGUGGUGGCAGUAGUGGAGGUGGUGGAUCCAUGAAGACCUUCAACUCUCGAGGGGAUACCUGGGUGUCUGGCUCAAGUGAGCGGAAACCUGAUCAUCUUCCAGAGCCUUGGACUCGGCCCACUAACUCCAGCACUAGAUGGCCAGGCGCCGCUGGUCCCAUGGGGAUGAGUAGUCGAAGUGGUCCUCAGAGUGGAAUGUCAAAUCCCAUAUUUGGCAGUAACAACUUGUCCACCAUAACUGGCAUGGGUAUCGGCAUGUCCAACUUGGGGCCCUUCAGUGGGGGAGACAGAUUUGAUGCUUACAAACAGCCAUAUUUCAAGGGCCCUUAGGAGAGACCAGAAUAAUUUAUAUAAUUAAGGUUAACUGUAGAACUUCUCCAGACAGUAAUGUGGAACAAUGUUGUUGCAGGGUUUUUGGUAAAGAGCCACCGAGUUACCAGCGACAUUCCACAUUUUACAAAUAGUUUUAUGUUGUAAUUUAAAAAAAUAUGUGUGGUUUCUAUAUAGUUGAUUCUGUGUUUAAAUUCCCUUCCCUGUUUGAAUGUAAUUUUUAUGAAAAUAUUAAAUAAUGUACUAUGUUUACAUUCAAUAAAGCAUUUCACAUUUGAACGCAACUAUCACAACAGAUAUCUUAGUGUUGCCCACUUGUGUAUUUGCUUAGUUAGUUUUUAUUUUGUUAGAUUGUAUAAAGCAGCCUUGUAGUAAAGUAAUUUCUUUUGGA